UACGAGCAAGUCUUUAACUAUUCUCUCUUCCUUACGCUUUUAUAUUACGAUAAAAUGAAUUUCAACAACGACUACAUCGUUUCGUCGAACAACAGCAUCAACGAUAAUAAAGUUAAUGCUAAAAAAGUGGCGCGCACUCCAAUGUAUCAAAUUAAAAAGUUGCUCAAGUGCGUGCUGAAGAAACACGAAAAAUCCACCUACAAAAAGAACCCGCAGCCGAAUUACUUCAUGGAUGAGGAAAUUGAAGAUAAUUUCGCCAACGAGAUCCUCGAGAACCAAAUCUUCGAAGAAAUUGAUACUUGCGAGGAGUCUGCGGCGGUUUCAGUCUACAAUGGUUCCAGUAAGGAGGUGUUGCCGGUGGUUCGUGGACAAAGAUACAUCCCGGUGCAUUUCGCCAGAACCGAAGCUGGAACCUUCUUCUGGACCUCCGUGACGGCACCGGACAGCGACGUUAUCAAAUAUGGAGAUGAAAAUGCCAUUUGCAACUAUCAAACUCCAGAGUUGCAAGUUCCAGCUGACCGUUGGGCCCAAGCGUAAAUUAUUAGGAAUUGGGUUCCUAUGAAUUUUGUGAUCUUCGUGCCGAUAACUUUAAUUCCUUGUGAUGAUUUAUUGCUCAAAUGAUUUUAUACCUCAACGAGUUUUUUAUCGAUUGUGAUAUUUUGUAGAGUUUUUAUGAUUGUAUUGUAUAUUUUUUAAUGGUACAAGUGGUACCGUUGUGAUGAAAGCUUUAAAUAGUUUAAAUAGAUUUAAUAAUAACUGUUUUGUCUUCCUUAGCUUUAAGAUAUUAUUAUUUUAAUAAAACUUGUUUAUU